ACCAUGGACGACUGAACACGAAUAAAAAGUGCUACCAAUAAUUUAAGUGAACAAACCAAGACUGAUAGUGAAUAAAAUAAAUUUAGUGCCACCACAAUGGAGUUUAGGUCACAGUUUUUGGCGACAGCAGCUCUUCUUGUCAUAAUCGCGUCAUCAUGGUGCGAGGGCGCGCGCGACGCGUCAUGUCCCAGGAUCUGCGGACCAGCUCUGCAGGGAGAACCGGUCUGCGCUACUGAUGGAUACAUCUACCCUUCACUCUGUGAGAUGAGGAAGAAGACUUGUGGAAAAGGCGUCCGACUGGCCCCCGACCAGGGUUCGUGCUCGCGGGCCCAGGGGUCCAAGUGCGAGCACCGCUGCACCUCCGAGCGGGACCCCGUCUGCGGCACCAACGGGAGGACCUACCUGAACCGCUGCAUGCUGCAGGUUGAGAUUUGCAGAGUGGGCAUCGGUCUCUCCCAUCUUGGAGCCUGCAACAACAUCAGCGCUCAUCGCGAGAACUGCCCCGUGGAUUGCUCUCAAGCGCCGCUGGAUGGCCCCAUCUGCGGGUCAGAUGGGAACGUCUACAAGAGCACUUGCCAGAUGAAGCUGCUCACUUGUGGACAAGGAGUAGUAAGAACCAGCAAAAAGCAUUGCCAAACUACCCGCCACUGCCGCGAGUCGUGCUGGCGCGUCGCUAGGCCCACGUGUGGCUCCGACGGGAAGCUCUACGCGAACGCUUGUAGGAUGAAGGCCACGAACUGUGGCAAACACGUGUUCGAAGUACCGAUGGCAUUCUGCGUGUCCCAAGAGCGGACGUCUGGCGGAGAGCCGUGUCCCACCGACUGCUCGGGACAGAAGGAGAAGCUGGUCUGCGGGUCAGAUGAGAGCAUCUACAGGAACGAGUGCGAGAUGAAAAUGCUGAACUGCGGAGUCAGCAACAGGAAAAUAGUCAAGAAGGUUGACAUGGAGAAGUGCCGGUCGAAGAUGAACAAAUGCCUGCGCGUGAAGUGCUCGGCCGACUACGACCCCGUGUGCGGCACCGACGCCAAUGUGUACAACAACCCCUGCCUACUGAAAGUGGCUACUUGCCUCAAAGGCGUGCAACUGGCCCACUUCGGAAACUGCACGGUGCUGCCCAAACUCGAGAUUGACUGCCCCGACGACUGCGAGAAUGACAUCGAAAAACCCAUCUGCGGCUCCGACGGAAACGUUUACAAAUCGAAAUGCGAACUCCGCCGCCUGACUUGCGGUCAGCAUGUCGUUGCGGUGUCAGCAGCCCACUGCCGCACCACGGCUCUCUGCAACGAGCCCUGCCCCGAUACGCCUGCAUUCGUUUGCGGGUCCGACAACAAGUUUUAUAAGAACGAGUGCAUCAUGAAGAAAGAGAACUGCGGCAAACACGUGUACGUGGUGCCUCUCAAGCGCUGCCUAUCCCGGUUCCAAUACGCCGGCUGCGCACGCGUCUGCCCGCCCGAGUACGACCCCGUCUGCGGCACUGAUGACAAGACCUACUCCAACAAGUGCUUCUUGGAGAUGGAGAACUGCCGGUCUAGGAGUCUGGUCUCUCUCAAAUACUUGGGCACGUGCGCCGAGCCGAUCGCCGAGGAGCCUAAGAACUACCUUUACCGAUAAACUAUCGAUAUUUAUACAUCAGUAUCGAUAAUCGCUUUACCCCAUAUCGUGCUGUAUCUAGAGUUCAUUGUAAAACUUAGUGCCAACUCUUUUAAUGUAGGACAAUUGAUUUGUUUUGGUAACUUUGUCAUUUCUUAAAAAUUGAGUUUUAGGCUACAUUUUUUGUUAUUUUGGACCUUAAACCAAGGAGAUAAGGUUUAUAAUAUGGAAUUAUGUAAUAAACCAAGUAU